UUUCUCUCUCUAAAAAUACAUAGAUGUGUGUGUGACUCUGUAUGUUUGUAUCUCUUGUUGAUCCCCGUCUCUCGCGUUUGUCUAGAUUAUACAUAUACAUAUAAAUAGAGUGGAAAUUGAUUGUGUGUGUAAUCGAUAUAAGAGACGGCGUAAUUGUAAAAGCGUGAAAAUGGCGGAGGACAAGUACAACCUGAAGAAUCCAGCUGUGAAGAGGAUUCUACAGGAGGUCAAGGAGAUGCAGUCAAAUCCUUCCGAUGAUUUCAUGAGCCUCCCUCUCGAGGAGAACAUAUUUGAAUGGCAGUUUGCAAUCAGAGGACCUGGUGAAACCGAGUUUGAGGGAGGCAUCUAUCAUGGACGAAUCCAAUUACCUGCAGAAUACCCAUUCAAGCCGCCUUCAUUUAUGCUACUGACACCGAAUGGUCGUUUUGAAACCCAGACUAAGAUAUGUUUAAGCAUAUCGAAUCAUCAUCCUGAGCAUUGGCAGCCAUCAUGGAGCGUUCGAACUGCUUUAGUAGCUCUAAUUGCAUUUAUGCCCACCAAUCCAAAUGGCGCACUGGGCUCACUAGACUAUAAGAAGGAAGAGAGGCGUGCUCUUGCAAUCAAAUCUCGUGAAGCUGCCCCAAAAUUCGGGAAUGCUGAACGUCAAAAACUAAUUGAGGAGAUUCAUGAAUAUAUGCUGAGCAAGGCACCCCCAGUUCCUCAGCUCAGCUCCUCACUUAGUCCUGAGGAACACUCCACCAAUGAAGAACGUGAAGCACAGGCAAGUCACCAAAAUGUUGGUGAAGCUGCUGGUGAAGGGCUCCUGGGGCCAGGCGUUGGUGACAGGAUUGUUGACGAGCCGCAUGAGGCUCCUUUGAAUGUAAAUCCCAUUUCUGAGGGUGGGAGUGUGUCAGAACAAGUUCCUGCUGGACGCUCAAAUGAGCAGCUUCUGCAUAAGCCAGAAGCGAAGGUUCAGAGGCCGGCUGAUGAUCGGUUGUUCACAUGGGCUGCUGUUGGACUUACCAUUGCUAUAGUCGUUCUUCUAUUAAAGAAGUUCAUGAAAGCUAAUGGUCAUGGUGCUGUUUUCAUGGAUGGAUCUUAGAUACGGCGGUGUUAGUGCAUCAUAGUUUGGAAGAGUAUACAAAUGCUGUGCCAAAUGGAACAUGCGGUAAUAUCUUAUUACUCAUACUACAUGUAUUGAUAACAUUAAGCUUAGAAAUAUGCAAUAUUCAUAUUUGUAAGUAUGGUAAAUCAGUUGUUCUACUUGUGGUAGAUUCUGUUUGAAGGGAGAAAAGAGUUUGCAUAUCUGCAAGUGUGAUAGAUUAGUAGUUGUGGGAGAUCUGCAACAAUUAUCAUGACACAUUGAUGUAAAAUGAAAAAUAUAUAUAUAUAUAUGUGUGUGUGUGUGUGUGUGUAUAUAUAUAUAUAUAUGCACCUUAAGUGUUUCCGAA